AAAGGGAGUGGAGGGAGGUUCUAGACACCUGUUGGAGAAAUAUAUAAACUGAAGGGACCUGAAGAAAGCAGAUCACACUUCUGAGAGCACAGAUAAGCCCUCAAGACAACACCACCCAGACCAACAGAUGAGAGCAAUGUCUUCUACCGAGAGCCUCUUCAUGGAUGACCUUUUCUUUGCAAACUCCCACUUUUUGUGGCCCAGAUGCAGUAUGACUUUUUCCAGCUUUAAAGAAGAUUUCCUCACCCAUAAAGCCCAAAUAAUGCAGAACCUGAGGAAUGAGAUCAGAGAAAGCUUGCUGAAUGAACUCACUGAUGAGUUAUUCCAGAGUCUAGAUGGUCAGAGCUCCUUCUCCAGGCUCUUCAGCCUGAUCAACACAGAUCAGAACAAACAGCGAGACAUGUCUCUAACUCUGGACACUCGAGGCUUCUCUCCAGAAGAUGUCACUGUGACACUAUCUGGAAGGCGCCUGGAGGUGAUGGCUGGCAAGCAUGCCCAGAUAGACACUUCUUCAUCAUCUACCAGCACCACACAUGGCGCAGAAGCCCAGGCACAAGGAUUUGUUCAAGCUGUGCAGCUUCCCGACCACCUGGAUCCAACCUCCUUGACCUGCUCACUCGGAGAAGAUGGACUUCUACAUAUCGAGUCACCAGACUCCAGAGACAAGUCCUCAGAGGAGCAGAUCAUUCCCAUCCGCUUCAGGACAUCCCUGGAUUUCCCCAUCAACAAGGACAGAACAAACAAAAUGCAGGAUGAAGCUGAGAAAUCAAACUAAAAAACUGAUUGAUGUCCUAUUAUACACUGUACAAUUAUUUUUCAUGAAUCGUCGAUGUGCUUCAAGUGACUGUAAAUUAUUGGUUCUAAAAAGGUUUUAAUAAAGAUUAAUUUAAU